UGCAGUUAAUGAGAAAGACAAUGUUCUUCUGUUUUGUGGAUAUACUUGUGGAUAUACGAUUAAUGAGAUCUUUUAUAAUUUUGCCUCGACAGGGGCCAAAAGGUCCGGUUGAACACAUAUACAGAGGUAUUCUGUUUAUUUAUGAUCGUAAUCACCAUAUGCAUUAUGGUUAUAUUUGCGUUAAAUCCGAGUCGUGUGUGGUGGUGGGUGGUGGUGGAUUACGCGCAAAUGAUGAUAUAAAUGAUAACACAAGGAUGGUGAGAUUUCCCAGGCUGAGAACUUCUUUUGUUCCUCAAUCACCACUGAGACCACCCAGGGGUGAUCCUAUGAAUUUUGGUAGAAAGCAUGAACGUGCACGUGAUGCACUAGUUGGAGCUGCCGUUAAAAUUCGCACGGGCAAUUAUAAGGGAUACAAGGGAUGUGUUGUAGAGGUCAAAGGUUCUGUGGUCCGGGUAGAGUUAGAGUCGCAAAUGAAGGUUGUUGCAGUUGAUCGCAGUCACAUUUCAGACAACAUGGCCAAUGGUUCGACACCGUUUAGGUAUGAGAACGCCCAUGCACGACCGCGCAUGGAAUCCCUUCACACCAACGAGGGAUUGUGGUUCUUCGACCCCAAGUUUAGGUUGAAUAAUACUUCCUCGUCUGGAGGCCAUUGCUGCCUGAUAUUCUUAAGCCGGUGCAUAGUUGGCUAG